UAGAUUUAUUCCAUGAAGCAAAGCCACCUGUCCAUGUUUCGUGGCAGGUGAAAUGAUGAGCAUUGAACUGAGACCAUUAUCUGUAUCCAGAACACUAUUAGAAAAACAGGCCUGCUGCUUUCUCCCGCCUCUAACUGAGGUUGCAUUAACUGCCUGGCUUCAUCUGUCUCUCUCAAAGUGAAAAGAGUCUGGUUUGAAUCCGAUAAAACCUCAAUGUACUUAUCCGUUUUCUUGUCUCCCCUCAAGCCUGUGCCGACAGCACUGGCUCAGGUGGAUAGAGAGAAGAUCUAUCAGUGGAUUAAUGAGCUAUCCAGCCCUGAGACCCGUGAGAAUGCCUUGCUGGAGCUGAGUAAGAAGCGUGAAUCAGUCCCUGACUUGGCCCCAAUGCUGUGGCACUCAUUUGGCACAAUUGCGGCUCUUCUGCAGGAAAUUGUAAAUAUUUAUCCAUCAAUCAACCCGCCAACCCUGACAGCCCAUCAAUCUAACCGAGUCUGCAAUGCUCUGGCACUCCUGCAGUGCGUUGCGUCGCAUCCGGAAACCAGGUCAGCCUUCCUCGCAGCUCAUAUCCCUCUGUUCCUGUAUCCCUUCUUGCACACAGUAAGCAAGACUCGUCCAUUUGAAUACCUGCGGCUCACCAGCCUUGGAGUGAUUGGGGCCCUGGUGAAGACGGAUGAGCAAGAAGUGAUAAACUUUUUGUUGACAACAGAAAUCAUCCCCCUCUGCUUGCGCAUCAUGGAGUCUGGCAGCGAACUUUCCAAAACGGUUGCUACGUUCAUUCUACAGAAGAUCCUCCUCGAUGAUACAGGAUUGGCGUAUAUCUGCCAGACUUAUGAGCGGUUUUCUCAUGUCGCCAUGAUACUGGGUAAGAUGGUCCUACAGCUCUCCAAGGAGCCAUCAGCAAGGCUGUUGAAACACGUGGUCCGCUGCUACCUUCGUCUUUCCGAUAACCCAAGAUGUAGGGCACGAGAGGCUCUCAGACAGUGCCUUCCUGACCAGCUGAAGGACACCACCUUCGCCCAGGUGCUGAAGGACGACACCACCACCAAGCGCUGGCUGGCACAGCUCGUCAAGAACCUGCAGGAGGGUCAGGUCACCGACCCCAGGGGCAUCCCCCUGCCCCCGCAAUGACACCCGUGUGGGGCGGGGCACCAGGGAGGAAACAGCUCAGGUUUACAGAGAACCAGGAACCGAUGACCUCUUCCAGAACCGCCUGGGUGUGCAGGCUGGCCUCCCAGCCAGCAGGACCGCUUCCCCGGCCACAGGGGGAUUGUGACACCAGCACAUACUGUUACCGCAGCUUAAAGCCAAGCACCACCUCUUCCCAGCUCGACUGGCGUCUGCCAGGGCCGUGCUGGCCGUGGACUUUUCCUCGUAGCACAGUCUCCGUGCCGGCGGCGCGUGGGGCACGAGCUGCCUCCCUCACAUUCCUUGUCACUCUCCCCGUUUACAAGUCUGUUAGAGAGCAAGCUCAAUAAAAGUUGACCUGUUGUUUAAUCCCCUCCUGAGAGCGCGAACCGGCUGCAUCUCGCCCAGGGGGCGGCUCUCUCCCCGUCUGACAUGAAGCAGCUUCUCUCUGGCUGAGUGUCCGGCUGCUGCAGCUGCCUACCCAGGCUUUGGUUUCCGUUUGCGAAGGGUGAUGGCUGGAGCGAGGCCCAUCUAUGCUCCAGUGGCUGGGGGAGCGAGGGAAGGGGAAGAACUUGCAAUUAAGUCAGGUGGCCAAGGUUUUUACUUCCUGGGUUCUGGCCCUUCCUUGGGGGUGGAGAUGACCGCAGGGUAGCGUUCCUGGGCUGUAAAUUGUGCGUUUCAGCCGCCAUGACUGCUGCCGUCAAAGCACUGUGAACUGGCUGCCCAGCGUCCCCUGGACUGAAGGACAGCACCUCCUCGUAGCGCUGCCCUCUGCCGACAGGACGGAGCUGGGUUCGAAAGCCGCGAUGCUGACCAGGCUGAGGCAGCAGCUCGUGAACGUGUUAGCUUGGCCGCUUUGCUGUCCAAAGCCAGUUGAACGAGGAGAUCCUGCCUCUGGGCGGCAGGAGCCAUUUCAGGCAGGUGCCAAGGGCUCCAGGAACGUAGCUUUUCUGGGGUGCCAGGCCUCAAGGCUGCCUCCAUACACAAGGGCUCUGGCUCUCCUGUCUGUCCCCCAUCUGCCCCUUCUCCCCGGCCCAGCAGCAGUGAAGGCGCUCGCCUGCCUGCGUGGGGAGGGACAGGCUAGCUUUUCCCACUGAACCGAGCUGGGGCAGGUUGGCCGUAACUUGUCCAGAAAGGCUUGAAGCCGGGGGCCCCGGUGAUUGCCAUGCCCUCACCCUGCAGUGAGAGCUGGGCUUGGCCGCGGCACCAAGCAGCCAAAUCUCGUGCUUCCUCGGGGAGAAGCUUUGUCCCUUUUUGCUGAUUGUCGGCCAUGUUGUGCCAACAGUGUCUUAACCCCUUCCAGGCCUCUCCUCCCCCAGCCCGCGGCCAGCCCUGCAGAACGGGCAGAGCGCCAGGCUCCCUCCCUUACCCCGGGCUCUGGUUUUAUAACAGUCUCAUUUUUUCCAUCCCCGCCUUGACGCGACUUAAAAAUGCUUCUGUUUUGUAACUUAAACUUAAUAAAAAAAAACCCCAAAGCA